UUCACUCUCUGUGGCUCUCUCGCUGUUUGUGACAAGUGUUUUAUGCAAUCUGAACUCUGAAUACACAUCGUUAAACCGACACUGAGUUAGAGCCAAGAACAACGUCAAGCAAACCUCGCAAAACGCUCGAAUCGUUGUCGUCCAAGAAAAAGAAAAAACACAGAAACCAAAGCCAUAGGACAUGAAAUAAAACUUUUUUUAUUGUCGGCGGUCGGGAUAAGAAGACCCAAAAACUUUCAUCAAAGCAUUUACAUUUCCGCCAGGAGUUUCGAGGAGUUUUUACUUGAGUUUUAUUUUUCUUUCUGGAGAAAAUCUAAGCAAACUGUAUCACCCAAGGAAUACCAUAUUGCAAUUGCAGUCAUUAUUUCCCCCUUUUAGUUUGUAGUGGUGAGGCUGCAUUCGUGUUUGGAAAUAAUCGUGUGUGCGUGUGUGUAUGUGUAUGCCAGUGUACAUGUGUUUGGCCUUAUGAUAUGAUAGGAGAAAAAAAGUCAUGAAAAAGUUGAAAAAAUCAAUAAAAAAUUAAAUGUGAGCAAAUUAAAAAUUCGCCAAACCAACUUCUUCUUCUCUUGAGAAGGGAAAAAAACGAAAGAAAAAUCUACAAAAUAUUUAAAACUUUAAACGUGGCAGUUAUAUAACAAAAUAAAAAGACGGAGAAAAGAAAAACAAGACUACAUACAAUUUCCUGGUUCUUGCUGCUGUGAAAUCACUACAACUACCUUCCCCCUUCCCGAAUAUCUUGGAAGAGCCCUCAUAGCCCCUACAAACCCAAAGUGAGUGUAUGCAAAACAUAGAGGAAAAACGGAAAAUCAUUCUAAUCAGAAGUACGUCACCAGUUUUGGCCCCCACCCCUAUCUAACAGCACAUACCAGCAAGGCACGCAACGCAACUCUAACUUCAUUAACUUCCAGAACAAACGAAAAACUACGAAAACCUCAAGCACACACACACACAGAGGUUGGCUAACAGAAUUCAUUGAGGCAAAACCAGCAGCAGCUGCAGCAGGGAAAAGGGAUUCCAAGCACAAUUUUCAUAAUUAUGGAGUUUUCCUAAAACACUUACUGCUCAUAGUCCAUCAUUACAAGGCUGACCAAAACCAUAAAACGUAGGAGCAGCAAAAAAUCAUACAACUAAGGCAGCAGCAGCACCCCAGCCAUCGCCAUCGCCAUCACCUGACAACCCACCCCAGCCCAGCCUAAGAGAACACCUCCUAAGGGAACACCUCCUCAGCCAAACUUCAAUAACUGCCAGCACACCCAGUCACUUACUCACUCACAGCUAGCCAUCCUUAGCACAACAGUCAGUACAGCUAUAGGCAAUGGGCAAGAAGAAAGUGCCUAGCGAAGAUUUAAUUGUUCCACCACAAGACCAGCGUAUCUGCGGCACCAUAUGUGUCUGUCAAAUGACUUUGGUCUUGAGUUCGGUCGCCCUGGUUUACCUCACCGUCGCCAUUUAUAUGCCAUCGACGCGCGCCUUCAAGAGCGGCAUCGAUCAGACGCCCGUCAUGUGCACAACCACGCGAGCCGUGAACAAGGAAAACUGCGAUUGGGGCUCCUGCGGUGAGUGGUGUCUCAGCAAAACGUCCGGCGCCUGCAUACAGAUCUUUGUGAAUCUACGCAACAACGGCACCAACCUCAGCUUCCAGAAUUGCACGAAUUCGGCGAACAAAACGUGCUAUGGCAUAGACCAGGAUAGGGCAGACAAGGCGCGCUGCAUCAAUGAUGAGUGCAAAAAUCUAACGGGCACAUUUAACUGCACGGCCGGCCAAUGUCUCAAUAUCACCGAUGCCUUUGAGUGUGUCUUCAAGAACACCGAUUCGCCUGUCAAAUGCUCUGGCCGCAGGGGCAAAAUCAACUGCAUGGACAUAACGGGCCUGUAUUCGUGUGCGCGUGGCACUUGUCGCAAAAUACGCACACCCUACAACUGUGACCGCCGCUGCCUGGACAUACCAACACGCAACAAGAAUGUGGUCAUACUCAGCGGCGACAAGGUGUAUAUGUCGCGCUGCCAGAAUGCCAUCAACAUGGACACCGGCGACGAGGUGUGGAAUGAGACGGAGGACAAUGUCGUUAUGGCCUCGUGCUACUUCAUCAACAAUCCCUCGGAUCGUGCGGAUGCCAUUGACAAAAUGGAUGCCGUGGACUGCAUCAAUGGCUCGACACUGGACAAGAGUAUGCUCACGGAUCUGACGAACUUCACGUACCUCAGUCAUUUGCAUGUAUCGGUGGCCACUCUGAUACCGGAGAUUGCUCCGCCCGACAUUGAUUUGACCAUAUCGAAUGAAUCGAAACUCAUGAUCAAUCUCGAGGGCUGUGUCAAUACGCUGAUGGAUGAGUGCAAGGAAUUCCUCAAGGAUUUUGGCCGUGAUGGCAGUGAUCAUAAUGCGCGAGCGCGUUUCCCCUGUUUCUAUUCGCCCAAUAAAAAGGACAUUGUGGUGGCUCGCUUCAAUUUGGAGGUGACGUAUCGUCAAUUUUUGUUUGCCUCCGUGGUGCCAUCGGUGUUGUUUGUGGCCUCGUGUCUGGUGCUGCUGCUGUGCCAGAAGACCGUCUAUGUGGGCGAUGAUGCCAAGAUGCGCUUCAAGGGUUGUGUGGAUACCGAUACGAUUUUGUCGAAAAACGGUUUGGAGCAGACCCAGGAUGAUAAUGGUGCUGGUGGAGGAGGCGAUGAGGUUAUGGCUCUAUGAGAUCCGUCACGCAUUCCUCUACUACAAGAAGACAGUCCAGUUCAUCAGCCCGGCAUAUUUGCAUUGCAAUAAAAUUAUUUUUACGUCGUCAAUAACAAUAAGUUCAAAACAAAUCAACAGCAAAAAGAAAACAAAACGUUCAAUUUAUAUUUUAUGAUGUGUGUAACAAAUAAACAAGGUUUUCUUUUUUUUUGAAUUGCGUUUGCAAAACUUAAAAAAAAACCCCUAAUUUACUUACAAACCAAAAAAAGAAAAACGAAACAAAACAAAAACCAAACUAUUUUUAUAUUAAGCAAAAGGAAAAAGACAUUGUUAAUUAUUGUAUUAUUAUUCCUUGUUUGCCUUUAGGAAAAUCCCUACAAACCCACUCCUGCCCCCACUAUACUUCCCCGACUUUGGUUCUAGUUAUUAAAAUGAGUUAUUAAAAUUUUAGGAAAAUUUUUUAAAACAAAGACAAUUGGAAUUUAUUAAAAUUGAAAUAAUGAAAAUAACAGAAGGACUUUAGCUAACGAACAAUAAUCUAGGGGGAAAAAGUCUAACAAAAAUCCCUUAAACAAAAAAAAUUGCCUUUUGUCCUCAAGCCCCCAAAUCCCUUACCCUACCUGGUACUUUUUACAAGAAAUUAGAAUAGUUUUAUGUUGACUAUUCAAUGAGAAUUGUUUUUUUCCCAACUUCCUUUGCCAGGGAGCGCAAGAGCGACCAACAUUUUUAAUUAAGCUUUAUUUCUUAUUGCUCAAAAACUACAAAAACGGUUAAACUAAAAACAACAAUUGAAAGCAGGCUAAAGCAAUACAGCAUUUCAGCAAUUCAUGCCACCAGCAUUUAGUCACUCUCUCACCCACUCACUCUUUUUGAUUCUACACUGAAACUCAAAAGUAUGGCAACAUUUGCGAUUUGCUUAACAAUAAGGCCACCAAGGACUUGAAAUACAAUAACAAAAAAAAAAAAAAACAACAGGCCAUUACACAUUACCUAUACCUAAGAGCCAAAUUAACAGAAAACAAGUCAAAAGAAACAACAACAACAAAAACAAACAACAUUCAUGAGUCCUACCCAUUAACCCCAUACACUGACAUUUCAACACACGAACAAAGGUUUAGAGGGAUGCGUGAUCAAGGUCUUAGACAUUUACGAAAAAAACAAAACAAAAACAAGAAAUCCACACACUAACACACUUACAAACAAACAAA